AUGUCUUCAAACAUGAUGGCAAUACCUGCGCUGGGUCGACCCUUCACCGUUGGAAUGCUCUAUGAUGCCUGGAAAGAUGAGUUAAUCCCAGGUUUCACAUUGUGGGAUGAAGCAACUCUACAGAAGAACACAUCUGAAACCCUGAAACCAGGCAGUGAGUUUCAGAUUACAGCAUCUGACUCAAUUGAAUCCAAGUCUUCUCUGCUGGAUGUUGAAGGUUCCCUGAAGGCCAGCUUCCUGGGUGGACUGAUUGAAGUGGCAGGAUCUGCCAAGUACCUGAAUGACCAGAAGAAAUUCAAUAAUCAGAGCAGAGUAACACUUCAGUACAAAGCUACCACCAACUUCAAGCAGUUGAAGUUGACUCGACUUGGAACACAGAACAUGCAGCAAAAAGAUAUCAUUACAAGGGGCCUUGCAACACAUGUUGUCAUUGGCAUCCUUUAUGGAGCAAAUGCUUUCUUUGUAUUUGACAGUGAGAAGUUAGAUGCAAACACAGUGCAGGACAUCCAAGGCAGCAUGGAAGCUGUGAUAAAGAAGAUUCCACUAUGUGAUGUUGGGAUUAAAGCUAAACUCCAGCUCAGUGAAAAAGAAAAAGCCCUGACAAACAAAUUCUCCUGCAAAUUCUAUGGAGACUUUAUCCUAGACAGCAACCCUGCAACAUUUCAGGAAGCAGUCAAUACCUACGCACAGCUUCCAAAGCUGCUGGGAAAAGGGAGACAGAAUUCUGUUCCACUUAAGGUCUGGAUGAUGCCGCUAACAAAUUUCGACUCUGGAGCCGCACAGCUGAUGACUGAGAUCCAUGUUGGACUGGUGAGGAAAGUUCAAGAAGCUUUAGAAGAUUUAAGGCAACUGGAAAUGAGAUGCAACGAUUCUCAGACAGACAAAGUUGUCAAGAAAUUUCCACAAAUUCAAAGAAAGCUGAGAAAUUUCAAAGAAUUGUGUAACUGUUACACGUCGAUGCUUCGGCAAACAUUUGCAAAGAAAUUACCCUCCAUCCGUGCAGGUAAACUAGCUCCGAGCUCAUUGGAAAAACUAUUUUCAGACCGAGACAAGUCACCAUUCAGUCAUGAAAAACUAAACAAGUGGAUGGAUCACAAGGAGAGAGAGAUCAAUGUCAUCAGGUUCUGUGUCGACAUAAUGGAGGGAACAAACACAAAGAUCGUACAAAAUAAAUCAGAGCUGGAUAGAGAGGUUCUUGCUCCAGGUGUAGAAGAUGCUCUGUGCUUUGUCUUCACCUCUGUGGGAAGUGCUGACCCAUGCCUUGAUGCGAUGACCAACUACAUGGAUUCACCGAAAACACAAAGUACCAGUGAAAACCACUGGUACUUCUCAGAUGAAGUGUUGACCAGAAUGAGAAAGAAAGCCAAAGCCUUCAAUGAUGUUGCCAAAGGCCUGAAGAACAGCAGGAGAUUCCGUUUCCUUGUAGCACCCAUAGCAAAUAAGAAAUACACAGGAGCAACCAUCUACCAUUACAAGGAAGGCAUUCUGGUGUCUGAUAAUUUCGCAAAGCCUGACAUACCUGAUGUGAGGGCUGUAAGAGACAGAAGAAAAUUAAUCUGGUAUGCCUGUGAUCUCACUCUGGACCCAAACACAGCAAACAGCUACCUCAUUCUGUCAGAGGGAAACAAAAAGGCGAUCUGUGGAACAUGGCAGGCGUAUCCUGAUCACCCUGACAGGUUUGACUCACAUGUCCAGGCAUUGUGCAAUGAGAAGCUAACUGGGCGCCAUUACUGGGAGGUAGAGUGGAGUACUGGUGACUCUGAUGAGGUUGGAGUGGCUGUUACAUACAAGGGAAUAGGCAGGAAAGGAGGCAGUACAGUGAGCAGGCUUGGACAUAACGCCUUGUCCUGGUACUUUGGCCACAGAUAUGGGCUUUAUGCAUGGCAUGAUGCUACAGAGCAUUUCGGCCCUCUCCCUGCAGCUGACUGCAAACGAGUUGGAGUUUACCUGGACUGGCCUGCUGGCACUUUGUCCUUCUACAGAGUCACGUCUAACACACUGACACACCUGCACACCUUCUACACCACAUUCACCGAGCCUGUUUAUCCAGGUAUCUGGAUCUGGGUGAACUCAAACUAUGUGAGCCUGUGCCAGUUUUAA